CGUGUUUGCCAUGGAACCGGACCUGCUCAUACUGAAAGUAUAACACAAACAAACCCGUACCCCAGCAGAAACUUGGAUAGGUUUGAUUCGUGGAAGUGUCCACGUAACUGCAUAACAGUAGCUGCCUGUUUUAUAUUGUGCAACACUAGCAGUGUAGUUAAUGUAUGGACAGUAACCUACCAAUAAUCAAAGCUGUCACCGCCCCCACACUUCUUUCCAGAAACGGUCAUGACUGGCAAUGUCUGACUAAGCAGUCUACGCUAAACAGUUUAUUGUAUUCAUUCAUAACCGGGAGACCCACGCAGGCAAACACCAAUGGCUUUAACACCCGAAGACGUCCCAGUUGCGACAGUGUCAGAUAGCAGCCGUGUUGUACCGCUGGAGUCUGGUAGCACGCAUUCUCUCACGUCAGAGAAGGACAUGAUCAAAACCCUGCUUCACGAGUGCCUGCAGGCGAAGGAGUUUGCUUACUGUCCGUACAGUAAAUUCCGUGUCGGCGCUGCCCUGAUGACGAACGAGGGGAACAUUUUUGUAGGAUGUAAUGUUGAAAACGCUUGUUACAACUUGGGAGUCUGCGCUGAAAGGACCGCAAUUCAAAAAGCCAUUUCAGAAGGGCACAUGAACUUCCGAGCAAUCGCCAUUGCAAGUGAUUUAGAAGACCAGUUUAUCUCUCCUUGUGGAGCUUGCCGCCAGGUCAUGAGAGAGUUUGGGACUGAAUGGGAUGUUUUCCUCUCUAGACCUGAUGGGUCCUAUUUGAAAAUGACCGUGGAUGAACUCUUACCCAUGUCUUUUGGACCUGAAGACCUGAGGAAGAAGAAAGUGUUCAGUGUUCACAAUGGGUGCUAGCACCAGAGUCACUGCAGCCCUGUAUUGCUCUCUAUAUUCUCUAUUAUUUUCACAAUAUUGAAUAUUGCCAAAGAUUUAAAUAUAUGGGAGAAAAAAGAUGAUAUAGUCUACCUAUUGAUAAUAACAAUAGUAGAAUAAAUUAUUAUAUUAAGGCAGUUUUUGUAUAUUUUAGUUUGAAAAAUGUCCAUUUCCACCAAUAAUUGUAUGAAGCUAUUUAGCAUUUUUUUUCAGUUCAAUACAUUUUAAGUUAUAAAAAAUAAAAGUAUUUGUGAAAAGAUAGAUGUACACUGUUUCGUUUUCAAAAUUAAAUAGACUUCGUUUUGGUGCAGAAUUCUUUCAAAUGCGUUGUUAAUGGAAAGGCCAGAAGGCCAACAGCAGGCCAGACUGUGUGCUU